CUUUCGCGCCAAAAGGCCCCAAUCUUCUUUAUCUAAGAUUUUAGAAUCAGAAUAAGCUUUUCGGUCUAUCGAUCUUACCCGGACUUCUUGAUGCAGUAAAGUUGUUCCCUUGGACAAAUAUCGUCACAACAUUCAAAUUUUUUUUAUGUAAAUUAGAUUCACGUGUGUGCCCCUUGUAUUGUUUGAUGACUGAUGUUAUUGUUGGCGGUUCUCUUUGAACAACAAUGCCAUAUCAUAUGAACAUGUUUUCCUUAGCUAUGGAUUCUUGAUUACAUGCAAUAAUACCCCGAGAGAGAGAGAGAGAGAGAGAGAGAGCUGUCAACUUUGUUCCUUGCGGUAUUAUGAUUCUUCUUCUUCUUACUGGAAAGACAUCAACUCGACAAGGUACCAGGUUCCUGCACACUGCUUCGUCGUCUUCUUCCGAUAUUCCCGCCACUCCGACCCACCUCAACCACCUCCUCAACGCCGUCUCCCUUACCAAGAACCUCAAGCAUGCGGCCCAAAUCCACGCGCAAAUCAUCACCAACAGCUUCUCUUCCCUCCCCUUCCUCUUCAACAACCUUCUCAACCUCUACUCCAAGUGUGGCCAAGUUGGCCGGACCCUGCAGCUCUUCUCGUCGACGCGAGAUGAGUGCAAGAACAUCGUCUCUUGGACUUCUCUCAUCACCCAGCUUUCCCGUUCCGGCAGACCCUUUCAGGCAUUAUCUGUUUUUAACCAGAUGAGGCUCACCGGAAUUUUCCCGAACCAGUUCACGUUCUCUGCUGUUCUCACUGCCUGCGCGGACAUCGGGGUGGUCUUCCACGGGGAGGAGAUUCAUUGUCUCGUUACGAAACACGGGUUCAAUUCCGAUGUCUUUGUUGGGAGCGCGAUGGUGGACGUGUAUGCUAAGUGCUUGUAUAUGGGCUCUGCAGCGAAGGUAUUCGCUGAAAUGCCAGAGAGAAACCUUGUGACUUGGAAUGCUAUGAUCGUGGGGUUUCUGCAGAACAAGUGCUAUGAUCGGGCAAGUUUGGCAAUCAGGGAGGUUCUUCGCGAAGGUUCAGUUAUGCCCGACCAAGUAAGCUUUUCGAGUGCUCUGAGCGCCUGUGCCAAUAUGGGCGGAUUGGAAUUCGGUAGGCAGCUUCAUGGGGCUGUUGUUAAACAUAAUUUGAUUGAUCUAGCUUAUGUGAAGAACUCCCUUAUGGACGUGUACACUAAAUGCGGGUCGUCAGGUGAUGCUUUUAAGUUGUUUCGGGUUUGCAGUGAAAGAGAUGUUGUCACAUGGAACGUGAUGAUGAUGGGGUGUGUCCAUAUUGAUAGCUUUGAAGAAGCUUGUAGUUACUUUAAGUCGAUGAUGAUUGAGGGUGUUUUGCCCGAUGAGGCCUCAUUCUCGACUGUGCUCCAUGUUUGUUCGAAUCUCUCAACGCUGAUCCUGGGUGCUUCGGUUCAUGAUCAGAUAAUAAAGCGUGGAUUUGAGAAGAACAACUGUGUCAGAGGUUCACUAAUUACAAUGUACACGAAAUGCGGAAGCUUAGAUGAUGCUCAUAAAGUGUUUAAAGAUAUUGAGGACCCCAAUGUUGUUUGUUGGUCUGCUAUGAUCGCAGCAUUUCAGCAACAUGGUUGUGCUGAUCUUGUGGUUGAAUCCUUUGAGAAGAUGGUAGGGAAGGGAAUAAAGCCUGAUUAUAUUACUCUUGUCAGCGUCCUUUCAGCCUGUAGCCACACGGGCCAGGUUGAACGGGGAUUCGAAUACUUCAAUUCCAUGACUGAAUCAUGCGGAAUCAUCCCCGGGAGUGAACACUAUGCUUGCAUGGUGGACUUACUUGGUCGUGCUGGCAGACUGCAUGAAGCUAAGCGGUUCAUUGAAUCAAUGCCAAUCGAACCCGACUCAUCGGUUUGGGGGGCCAUUCUCGGGGCUUCCAGGAACUCUGGGAAUCUCGAGAUGGGAAGACAAGCUGCAGAGAAGCUUUUUGAACUGGAACCCAGCAACUCAGGGAGCUACAUUUUGCUUGCCAACAUGUAUUCUCGAGCCGGAAUGCUCAAAGAAGCUGAUGAAAUUAGAAGGUUAAUGGGGAUGAAUAGAGUAAGAAAAGAAACUGGCUGCAGCUGGAUCGAUGUGAAGGAUAGAACAUUCGUGUUCACUUCCCAUGAUAGAUCGCAUUCGAUGAGCCAAGAUAUUUAUAAGAUGUUGGCUAAAAUGGAGGAGUUGAUCAAGAAGAAGGGGUAUGUGGCUGAAAUCGAAUUUGCAGUCAAUAGCAUUGGAGAGCAUAAGGAGCGGAACUUGUGGCAUCACAGUGAGAGACUAGCUCUUGCCUUUGCGCUUCUUACUCUCCCCAAAGGGGCUCCUAUAAGAAUAAAGAAAAACCUGAGGACCUGCGGUGACUGUCAUAUCGUAAUGAAGUUUGCCUCGGAAAUUUUCGAGAGGGUAAUUAUUGUUAGAGAUGUCAACCGGUUUCAUCGGUUUGCUAAUGGCAUAUGUUCAUGUGGAGAUUAUUGGUGACGAAAUCAUGACAGGAGUCUCACAUUGUUUAUGCCCAACAGGAUUCAUGAAUAUAUGCCCUGCAACAUCUAAUGAACUAUGUUUUCGGGUGGCU